CGGUCAUUUUAUCCCCACACGUGCAGGUAAUCGAUCCUUCGGGUUUCUUCCUUCCACCGUUCCUUAUCCAAACCUUCUGUUGUUUUUCCUCUGCUUCCCGAUCCUUCCACUCUUCCACACACAAAUCGAACUCAUAGGAGUUCUGAGUUGUCGAUUCUUCUAUUAUACCACCGAAGAGUGCAGUCGAUCGAUCGCUGAGUUCGCUUCUAUCGCUCCGCCACAACCGACGCCGCCGACUCCGGCUCCGCCACAGAACACUCCGAUGAGUCUGCCUCCACCACUGGAGAGGUCGGCGAGCCCUAAUUUCGUGCAGGUCUACUUCGACCCCGGCCACAUCCACACUCAUCUUAUCGACGUUACCCCAUCAACUUCCAGGGCCUCAGACCAUUCUUCUUCACGCUUCCACUGCCUUUAUUGUUACGCUACCCCGUUUUCCCUCUUUCAAUUUCGAUUCAUUUUUCGUGUUUCAUAUACUUAUGCCUCCUCGAUCUCCCAAUCAGUUGUUUACAGAUUUCAUUACACCCACCAAACCUCACAGCCGAUGCCCUCCAAACAACCUGCUCUGUCGCCUUCUUGUGUAACCCAGUUCGAAACAGAGGAGAUAUUAAAGAUGUAUCUAUUAUAAGGUAUAAUAGAUUAUACAAGUAACCGACUUUGGCUGAAGGAACCCUACCAUCACCAGCAUGUGUGAAGUAACCGACUUUCAAUUUCUCAUAGUUGUGUGUUUAUUAUUAUGUUCAGGUUUUGUUGGAUUAAUCGGGUAUUGUUGGAUAGGGAGCAUGUGUGAAGGUAGGAAUCGAGUUGGCUUAAGGGUCUUUUGAAGUAAACUGAUGCUUUGUUUUUCUGUCCAUAGGAUUCUGUGAACAGAAACCACUAUCUUGGAGAGUACAAAGGACAACUCAGAUUCCAAGCGUCAAGGAUUUUUUUUUGGUUUUAAAGAGUUCAUCACUGCUAUGCAGGUAUGUCUUAUUUCUUCUUUUCUUUUCUAACGUUGAGAACUAAAAUCAUGAAUGGUGAUCGUGGGAGGUGUCAAUGGAACUGCAAGUAUGAAUUCUAUCCUGGAACUUCCAAUUAUAACAAUUAUAGAAUACUAUGUCAUUCAGAGUAAAGAAAGGCAGACAUGGCAUUCUUAUAAAAUUUUGCUGUCACCGGCUUCUGAUUGGUGUCCUGCUUCUUUGCACACCAAUCUUAUUUUCUUAAUUUGGCUUGUAAAGUUUGGUUUCGCCAAGGCACAUAUGGCACUUAGUGGAAUAAGAAGGGAACUCAAUGCUGCACUAAAGAAGUCAUAAGGAUUAAAGUGUAUUGCACAUGGAUGAGGGGAACACAUACCAAUAAUUUACCUCUGAGAUUUGAAGCCUUUCAUAAUCAAUAUCAUGAAGUAAUUUAGCCAGAAAUAGACAUGCAAUAGAUGGUUGCCCAAAUGUAUAGAAUUCAAUUGCUAAAAGGUACCAGAUGGUUAUUCCCAUGUAUGGCACCCAUAAAUUUGUGAUGUCAAACACCUGGUGGCUGGAUCACUUUAAUACAUUGUGGAGCAUAUAUCUAUAAUUCAUUUCCAUUCACUUUGUGAGAUUUAACUACAAAUCGUGAAUAUAGUUACCGCCUUCAAUUAGAUUACAAUUUUUUUCCUUGAUGUUUGGUAAAUUCAUGAAUCAUGUGUUUAGGGUAUCGAUCUGUUUUGUUAUCAUUAACAGUUUUGAGACUAAACUACCCC